UGGGGAUGCAUGUGUGCGAGUGAUAGAAACAAAGGAAGAAAGUAGGAGAGAAAAUAAGAGGUAUAUAGAUCCCUAAAGGAAACUUUUAAAAGCCUAGUAGGUGUUACUUUCUUGAUUUUGUUCUUGCUUGUAAAAAAGCUCUCUUUUUGCUGAUUCCUUUUUUUUUCCUCAACCAUCUUCUCAAAGUCCCGAAUUUUGUCCAUUUUCAACCCCAACCGGACCCUUUUCAUUGCUACUUUGCUCUGUCUCUGUCUUUCUCUGCAUUUCUGGUUUCUUCCCUGUGAAUUUUACGCAUACUUGGCUUCUUUCUCCAAAUACGCCCAAUCCCAAGGACACUCCCUAAGAAAAGGGCUUACUUUUGCUUAACUAAACUUCCAUAAGCAAAACCUUCUGGGCUUCGUCUGGUCGGGGCGGUUUUGUCGAAUUCGUCAUUUGGAAAUGAGAGCCGGACUCAGCACGAUCCAGCAAACCCUAACGCCAGAGGCGGCGACCGUGCUUAACCACUCGAUCGCCGAGGCUGGUCGACGCAACCACGGCCAGACUACGCCUCUCCACGUGGCGGCGACCCUUUUGGCUUCUCCCUCGGGCUUCCUCCGACAAGCCUGCAUCAAAUCCCAUCCCAAUUCCUCGCACCCGCUCCAGUGCCGGGCCCUCGAGCUCUGCUUUAGCGUGGCACUGGAGCGCCUCCCGACGGCCCAGAACGUUAGCCCGGGGAUGGAACCGCCCAUCUCCAAUGCUCUAAUGGCGGCGCUUAAGCGUGCCCAGGCGCAUCAGCGCCGCGGUUGUCCCGAGCAGCAGCAGCAGCCACUUUUAGCCGUCAAAGUCGAGCUGGAGCAGCUGAUUAUAUCCAUUCUUGACGACCCCAGUGUGAGCCGAGUUAUGCGAGAGGCCAGCUUCUCCAGCCCGGCUGUCAAGGCCACAAUUGAACAGUCUAUGAAUUCUUCGGCUUCGGUUGCUAAUUCUUCUCCAAUUGGAUUGGGAUUCCGACCUGGAGCAACACCAGUCCCCUCGACGACGAACAGGAAUCUGUAUUUAAAUCCCCGGUUGCAGCAGGGGAGUGCGGCCCAAAUGGGGCAACAGAGGGGUGAGGAGGUGAAGCGGGUUAUUGAUAUUUUGUUAAGGACGAAAAAGAGGAACCCGGUAUUGGUAGGCGAAUCAGAGCCGGAGGCGGUGGUAAGGGAACUAUUGAGGAGGAUUGAGAAUAAGGAAUUGGGUGACGGGCCUCUCAUGAACGCUCAGGUGAUUCCUUUGGGCAAGGAGUUUUCUUCGGAUAAAACCCAAGUACCGGUCAAGGUUAAAGAAUUGGGGGAUUUGAUCGAGACGCGGAUUGCUAACUUGAGUGAUGGAGGUGGUGGUGUUAUUCUUGAUUUGGGUGAUUUGAAAUGGCUAGUUGAGCAGCCAGUGACUUUUGGGGUGGUGGGUUCGGGUGCUGCACCGCAGCAACAUGUGGUUUCAGAGGUAGGGCGUGCUGCAGUGGCGGAGAUGGGGAAGCUGUUGGGGAGGUUCGGAGGGCGACUUUGGUUGAUCGGGACUGCAACUUGUGAGACUUAUUUGAGAUGCCAGGUCUAUCAUACUUCCAUGGAAAAUGAUUGGGAUCUUCAGGCAGUGCCAAUUGCUGCGAGAGGGCCUUCCACAAUGUUUCCGAGGCUUGGCGCCAACGGUAUCCUUAGCAGCUCUGUCGAGUCUUUGUCCCCAUUGAAGGGCUUUCCCGCUGCAACAACCGCUCUGCCCAGAAGAACAAGUUGCUGCCCACAGUGCAUUCAGAACUAUGAACAAGAGCUGGCAAAAUUUUUACCGAAGGAGUUUGAGAGUUCAUCUUCCGAAGUUAAAUCAGGAGCGGCCCAAUCACCACUGCCGCAGUGGUUGCAAAAUGCUAAAGCCCAGGAAGGUGAUGCCAAAACAAUGGACCAGACGCAGAAUAAGGACCUAGAACUGGUUCGGAAGCAGAGGAGUCAAGAGUUACUCAAGAAAUGGAAUGAUGCAUGCUUGCGUCUGCAUCCGAAUUUCCAUCAUCCCAAUCUCAGCUCUGAGAGAAUUGCUCCUAUACAUCUCUCGAUGGCGGGGUUGUACAAUACAUCUCUGAUUGGUCGCCAAGCCUUUCAACCCAAAUUACAGUUGAACAGAAAUCUCGAGGAAACUCUGCAGCCGAACACUAAUCGAGUCCCCGCUCAACCCCCCGAGAAGGCAGUUUCCUCACCAGGUAGCCCUGUGAGGACUGACCUCGUUCUUGGGCGAACAAAGGUCACCGAACGCAGCCUGGAUGGAACCCCUAAAGAGCACAUGAAAAAUCUUUUGGGCCGCGUGUCUUCUGAACCUCAGAACAACUUGUAUGAAAUGCAGACCAAUAAACUGCUUAACACAUUAGAUACUGACUCAUUCAAGAAGCUCCUCAAGGGUCUAAUAGAGAAGGUGUGGUGGCAGCGGGAAGCCGCAUCAGCAGUAGCUACGACUGUGACCCAAUGCAAAGUCGGGAAUGGAAGACAACGUGGUGCUGGAUCAAAAGGUGAUAUGUGGUUAUUGUUUAUGGGUCCCGACAGGGUUGGCAAGAAGAAGAUGGCAUCAGCUCUUGCGGAGCUGGUAUCGAGGUCCAAUCCAAUAAUGAUCGGUCUUGGCCCUCGACGCAAUGAUGGAGAAUCAGAUAUGAGUUUCCGUGGUAAGACAGCAUUGGAUCGUAUUGCUGAGGCAGUUAGGAGGAAUCCCUUUUCGGUAAUCAUACUUGAGGACAUUAACGAAGCAGACAUGCUAGUUCGAGGGAGCAUCAAACGGGCAAUGGAGAGAGGGCGUCUGGCUGACUCUCAUGGACGUGAAAUCAGUCUCGGAAAUGUCAUCUUCAUUCUUACUUCAAGUUGGUUGCCAGAAAAUCUCAAAUACUUAUCCAAUGGCAUUACGCUUGACGACGAGGAGAAGCUUGCUGGUUUAGCAAAAGGCGGUUGGCAGUUAAGGCUAUCCCUUUGUGAGAAGACUGCAAAACGACGGGCCAAUUGGCUACACAGUGGAGACAGGCCAAUGAAGCCCUGUAGGAAGGAACCAAGUUCAGGUUUAGCAUUCGAUCUAAAUGAAGCUGCCGAUGUCGAGGACGACAGGACAGAUGGGUCACACAAUUCAAGUGAGCUCACGGUCGAACAUGAGUACGAGCAGGGGCUCAACAACAUUAAUUUGCGAUCACCCACAACGUCCUCAGUACCUUGUGAUCUGCUUGAUGCUGUUGAUGAGGCCAUCGUCUUCAAGCCUGUGAACUUUGGCCCCUUUCGCAGCGAGGUCACAAGCUCCAUUACCAAAAGAUUUACGACGAUGAUGGGUGACAUGAGAAUUUCAAUGGAAGUAGAAGACGAAGCGCUCGAGAAAAUUAUGAGUGGGGUAUGGCAAGGCCAAGUGGGUUUAGAAGAAUGGACGGAGAAAGUAUUGGCUCCGAGCUUCCACCAGAUGAUCAAGGCGUGCCACCCUCCCAGCAGUGUACGCAAUGAUUCAAUGGUCAUUAGGCUCGAAUACGACGGCAAUUCGGAUAGCCAGAGCUGUGGAGAUUGGCUCCCAAGUAGCGUGAAGGUGGUGACUGAAGGGUUGUCAUGAGGUCGGUGGAUGCAGCGGGUAUUUUGACAUUUGUGUUGAAUAGAGAUGUAAAUAUGCUGAAAUAUUUGGCGGGGAGCAUGACGGUUGAAAAGGUGAAAAGAUUAAUAAAAAAAAAAAAGCCGUUGGAAGAGAGUAGUAAACGUUGGAUACAUAGACGGGAUCCGUUUUAACA